UGCAGCUCUCACCACCAUGGUUCCCAAUGUGCCAAACGACAGUGGCGUCAUCCUCGAAGUGGUACGAGAAGUCCCAACGAUGAAUUCGGCGAGAAAAAAAGGCGUGAGGAAGCGGUCAUCUUCGCCCUUUAUGGGGCCCACAGCUGCCCUGCCACACCUUAUGGACAGCAUUUGGAGCGUGCCUCUGAUCACAGGAGCCGCGGCCUUCCUCAGCACGGCGGGCAUGUCCACCUGCGGAUUCUUCUACGUCGUGUACAUGGACCACUACGGAAUAACACGCCAGGAAGCGUCCUGGCCCGCCAGCAUUAACCUGAUUGUCUCCCAUGUGAUUGGUAAGACGAAUUGA